AACAAAACUAAAAUAGGAGCUGAUACUGGGGAUUGGAGCGGCCCUUUAUUGUAGGUGAGAAGUUAGGAAAUUGGAAUACAUAAGGUUCAUUUAUAUCUGUAAGCAACGAUAAACCAUUGCUUGACGAAAGAUGAUUCCGAGCGAGUUCGGUAAUACAUAAUUUGAAGUACCGUAAUUUUUUUUUGCGAUUGUCGUUUAAAUUUGAUAUCAAAACGCUUACUAAAAAAGGAAAAAAAUAGUCGCCUGAUGAUUUUGAAAAUUUGAUCACGUCUAGGUAAGUUCAAUAUAAUUAUUAUUACCAAAUUUCAAGUCUAUACGUGUAUUUAUAACCAAAUUACAGCAAAAUAACUCCUAAAAUUUAAAUUUCCUUUAAAGCUCAAAAGUUUUGACGAUGAUACUGUAAAAAAGUAACAGUGUAACAUGUGUCAAAAUUUCUAAAUUUUACAUUAAAUUGAAAAUCAAAUCCAAUUUUUUAUUUAUUUAGUUAAUAUAAUACAGAUAACAAUGCGGGAAUUUCUACGUUUUCUCAAAUUGUACAUUAAAUUUAUUUGUUUAUUUUUUAAUCAAAUUGUAUUUACGCGGGAGGUAACAUUUAUAUUCAUAGUUGAUUUUAGUUAACCAACCAUAGACUAGGUAGUCUUAGAAAUAUAUUGGUAGUAGAGAUAACAGGAAAGUACUUUUUUUUAAUUUUAUUUCCAUAUAUAUUUAUUUUUAAAUAUGUAAACAUUAUAUUGUAUUUUAAGGUUUUUUUUAUGACCAGUUCGACAAAAUAUGUUACCAGUAACAUGCUACAUUUUAUAUUUUUUAUUUUGAAUUUUUUUCUUAUGUAUAUUAUAUAUCUAUAAACAAAGGUAUUAAAUAGUUAAAAAGUUAAUUUGUUUCACUUUCACAAAUAGUUGAGUUAUGUCAAGAAAAAUAAAAUUUAAUAAACUUUAUAAGCGAAUAGAAUAUUAACUAACAGAAUAUUAUAGGUUCUUAAUUUAGUGAUAAGCUCUAAGUGAUAAUGAUAAUGGUUGUAUAACCUUAUAUACUUGGCUUAUAUAUAUACUAUUUAUGAUCUAAGGGAUUUUCUGUCUCUAGACCACGGAUUAAUAUAUCUUAAUUCGUGCUCUAGACGCUUGUUGUGAUACCAAUCAUAGACAUAUUAAUUGUAAAUGUUUAUGGAUCCAAAUAUCCAAUACAGGUCGUCGUGCAACCACGAAAUAGAUGAAAUUUCAUAUUUUGUACUAUAGUCUGGCUCAUGUAGAGUGAACGCUAAAAAAACGCCCAAUGAAUGUCAAUUUGUUAGUCACAAUUUUGCAGACAUGAUAAUUUUUUAACUUUUUAAAUAGAAUAUUAUUAUUGUAUUUAUUAAUUAAUACAUUUUAAUAAUUAGAAACUCAAAAACAACGCCAAAUAUAAGUAUUGAUAACUAGAUUAGUUAAAAUUUUCGCUGCUAAUUUGUUUUUGGUGCUCUAUAUCUAUUUGAUAAAGCAGAAUUUUCAGAACAAUAGUUCAUUGAUAACAAGCUCUGGUUGCCUAUUUAAUAUUAAUCAUUAUAAAAUAAACUUAAAUAAAUAAUUUAUUUUAUCAUGAUAUUAAUUUAAUUCGUGGUCGAUGCCUCUAUCUUUAUUAUACCUAUACUUUUAUCCAUCUUUAUUAUCUAUGCCCGUGACCCGUUCCCGUUGUAAAUUUGGUAUUUUAAGUUUUAAUUUGAUUGUAUUAUAUUUUCGUAGUAUCAUACUACUAUCAAACUUAUCGUACCUAUUACUUAACUAUAUACUAGUUAUUAAUGUAUUUUAAUCGGGUAUGUUAUUAAAUUGUUCUAUUAUUUUAUAGAGCCGUGCGUUGGAAAAAAAUGGAAAAUGAAUUCAUUGACCGUUUAAAUAAAAUUUUAGAAGUUAAGAAACCAAAUAGUAAAUAUUUAAGUAAAGUGAAAUAUGAGAAACUCAUAAUACAUUUAAAAGAAUUAAAAACGAAAAAACCAAAAAUUCCAAAUGAUUAUAGAAUAAUAAAAAAGUACGAUGUUGUUGAAGUGUCUAAUGUGGAAAGGCUCGUUGUACCAAAAAUGAACAAAGAUGACCAAAUUAAAUGUUAUGUUUUUAAUGAAGAACUAUUUAGCAUACUACAUGAAACUCAUUUAUCAAUCGGGCAUGGACGUCGCGAUAGAAUGGAACACCAACUACAUAGUAAAUAUGAAAAUAUAACAAGAGAGACAGUUAUGUUGUAUUUAAACUUGUGCGAAUUGUGCCAAAAAAAAAGCUUUAUGAUUAAACCUAUUACAUCAACAGAUAAUAUAAAUUUACAUUAUCAAGAUCUGGUUGACAUUCAUACUAUUUGA